AUGGAGUUUCUGAAUCCAAUUCUCUUUGUUCUCAUACUUUCUUCAUCAACCAUCCCUAUUCUUUCCUUUUCCCACUUCUCUCCCACCGAUCACUACCUCAUCGAUUGUGGGUCAACCCUUAAGUCCACCGUCGAUCAUCGCAUCUUCCUCUCCGAUUCCUCCUCUUCAAGUUCACUUUUUCUCUCUUCCCCCCGCUCUUUCUCUCUCACAAAUCAACACCCAUAUCAAGGUUUGCCCCCAUUUUACAAUUCAGCUCGCGUUUUCGAGAUGCCAUCCAAGUACGAGUUUCAGAUCAAAGACGAAGGCACACAUAUGGUACGUCUCCAUUUCCAAGCUUUUACCUCUUCAGAUUUGGACCUCAUUCGUGCUCGAUUUCACGUUUUGGUUAAUGGGUAUGUGGUUUUGAGUAAUUUUAGUGGUGUCUCUGCUGUAAACCCUAGAAUUAAGGAGUUUCUUAUCUGGGUUGGAACUGAAACUCUUGAAAUUACCUUCGUCCCUGUUAAGAAAUCGAAAUUCGCUUUUGUUAAUGCGAUUGAAGUUAUUUCUGCACCAAAAGAUCUUGUUGCUGAUUCUGCAAAAUAUUUGAGUUAUGAACAUAGUGGAAAUGUUGAUGGGUUGUCCAAGGAAGGGCGUGAAGUGUUGUAUAGAGUCAAUGUUGGGGGGCCUAAGGUUACUCCCUUCAAUGAUUCUUUUUGGAGGACUUGGGUUCCUGAUGAUGAACACUUCGAAUCAAAUAAUGGAUCAAAGAAAGUGUAUACUACUGGAAGAAUUAAGUAUCAGGAAGGUGGGGCAAGUCGUGAAGUUUGUCCCGAUAAUGUCUACAACUCUGCUCGAGUGAUCAAGAGUACAAAUUCAUCGAUUCCGAACACCAAUAUGACAUGGACCUUCCCCGCUAUCAAUGGAUACAACUACAUCGUUCGCUUGCAUUUUUGUGAUAUUGCAAGUAUAUCAAUUGGUUUUCUGUUUUUCAAUAUCUAUGUUAACGGACACAUGGCAUAUGAGAAUUUCGAUCUCUCAACCGCUGCUAAUUGGGAACUUUCUACCGCGUUCUAUCUUGAUUUCAUGGUCAGUGGUGAUCAACAAGGGGUUCUUAGAAUUAGUAUAGGAAGCUCUAACCAGAGUGUUCCAUAUGCUAUAGAUGGUCUUCUAAAUGGAAUUGAGAUCAUGAAGUUGAAUAACUCUUUAGGUAGCUUUGAUGGUAACCUUUCUACUGAGAUGAUUUUGAAGAGAUGUCAAGGAAACACCAUUAAUUUAGUUCCUUAUAUAGUGAUUUUGUGUUUGGUGGUAAUUGUGUCGCUAAUGUUGCGUCAAAAGGUAAUCAGAAGGGAAGAUUCUUUCUCGUGGUCGAAAUUGCCUGUUGUGGAUAGUUGGAAAGUUAAAUCUAACAUGGGAAUGGGAAUAGUCAAUUCCUAG